CGUCUCACCCUUUGGGAUGUCAACCCAGCUUUCUCACAGUGGGUCCUUUUCCUCUUGGGGAACUGAGGAACCAUGUCGGAUGGGAACGUCUUGCGAAAACCGGCGGUCGUCAUUGACAACGGCUCUGGGUGGUGCAAAGCUGGGAUCGCAGGCCAAUCUCUACCACGGUCAAUCCUCCCGUCCGCCGUUGGCCGCUUUGAAGAGGACGCCAACACCUGCUACAUCGGGAAGCGAGCUCUCUCCAAGGAAGGGGUCUCGUUGAAUUAUCCGGUCAGGAGAGGGGUCAUUAGCGAUUGGGACGACAUGGAGAAGCUGUGGCGCCAUGUCUAUGAAGAAGAGCUGAAGGUAGAAGCCAGAACAUGUCCUGUGCUGCUCUCUGAACGCCCUUUGAACCCACUUCAUAACCGGGAGAAAAUGACAGAGCUGAUGUUUGAACGGUUCACGGUUCCCGCUUUGUACCUCUUGGUCCAAGCUGUGCUGGCUGCUUACUCCUCGGCCCGCAUCAUGGGUUUGGUGGUGGACAGCGGAAACGGAGUGACUCACACGGUCCCAGUCUAUGACGGGCAUUGUUUACCUCACGGGGUGGUCCAACUUGAUCUGGCUGGGAAGGAUAUAACCGAGCACCUUGCCAACUGCCUUUGGAAGAACCACAAUGCGCCAUUAAGCAGGAAAAAGAGAAAAAUAGUUAAGGCCCUCAGGAAGAAUUUCUGCUAUGUGGCUUUGGAGCCCCACCUAGAAGCUCAGAAGAAGGUGGAGAAGCUCCUGACGCUCCCAGAUGGAAACACUAUGAAGAUCAACUUUCAUUUCCAUCAAAUGCCGGAAAUCCUUUUUGCCCCUCAAACAGUCGGUGUGGACGCCCCUGGCCUUCCCGCCAUGAUCACCGAAAGCAUUAAGAGGUGCGACAAGGAUAUUUGCACCCCUCUCUACAAGAACGUGAUCCUUUCGGGGGGUUCCUCUGUUUUCCGAGGCUUGGAGGAAAGGCUUUACAAAGAGGUUGAGCAACAGGUUCCGGAGGGCGCUUUGUUACGGAUCGCAACGCCGUCCAAUAGAUCCUGCGCGGCCUGGAUCGGCGGCUCUGUGAUUGCCCGACUGGCCUCUUUUGAACCCAUGUGGUUUACACGGGAGGAGUACGGCGAAUUCGGUGCAUCCGGGGUCAACCGGAAGUGCUUUUAAGAGGCCGGAAGCUGCAGCCAAAUUAAAGUCUGCAGGGUGAGGACUUCCAAAAACCAAAGGUUGAACCUUAAUAAUAAUAAUAAUAAUAGUAAUAAUACAAAAGUUGAUUUGUGAGAAUAAACAUUAA